UCGAGCGAUGUCGCACAUGCUGCAGUACGCACAGUGUACCUAUUGUUGUAAGUAGUGCCAUCUUCAGCAAGCAAGCAGGUGCUGUAACUUACGGUUCGUCAUAUGGAAAUGAUGCCAGGCUAUGUGACGAUGUGGAUCGUAUGCUACCAGCGAGUGCAUUGGACAAUCGUCAACGAUACCGUGCCAGCAAAGUAGCCUCGGAUAGCUGGUCGGCAAAAAAAGGGACAAAUAUCCGGCAGCGAAUAUCUGCCAACACAGUCUGCAUCGAUCUUGAAAAAGAUCUGUUGAAGAUGGAUGACAGACAAGUUUCCCAGCAGCAGUCAGUGCAGGGAUGGUCAAGUCUCCGUUGUGACGCCUCGCUCUGACUUCUCAUCAUGCAGUGGUAUUCCCAGCAGGUAGCCAACCACCCGAGCGUCGUGAUUCUUGUGGUCUUCUCGCUGGCAGGCACAGCCAUUAUUGUCUCUUUCACCACACGAGGAUUGCCCAACUUCAGAGAUCCUCUACUGGGCUUUGAGCCUAGAGGCACGGUACUUGCACAGAGAGCCACGGCAUGGAACAACUUGCUCUCCAGCCCAAGUUGGAACGGUGUGCUCUCGAUGUACCCUGGCCCUCAGGAGGUACCAAAGGCUACCACUACGUCUCCAACUGUGGUGCCCACUGCUCCCGACUCCAGCUCUGGGAAACCACCUCCUAUCCAACAGACGACAGCAGUGCCUUCAUCUCAGCCCACCAAUCAGAGUCAGCCAGAAGUUAUCCUACAAGGAGAUGAGAGCCACACAUACGGACGCCUUGUUCAGGGGCCUCCUCCGUCCAGUGGCAGGACGGAUGGGCGCCAGAAACGGAAAAAGAAGAAAAACCAACAGCAAUCCAAGCAGAAGAUGCACGCCAAGCGACCAUCGUGGCAGUCAUCUGGGGCGUCAGGUCCUGGAAGUGCCUUUUUCUGCAGUGAACCCGGGCGCAACUACGGCCAUGUUGUUGUCGGCAGACGUUCUUCCACCAACAAGCGGGGUCUCUUGUCGUGGGAUGCUCUCAAUUCCAUCUGCCAUCUUGACCAUGACCGUCUGAGAGCUCCUGGAAGCCUUCGUGUUAUCUGCGAACGUGACCGUUUGGGCAACUGCUGCAAGUCCUGGUCCAUUCCAAAUUACAUUGCGCUUCUGCACAACCGUUCCUCGUGCCUCGACAUCACUCCCCAGGACGUUGCCGAGGUGAUGGAACGACUCAAGAUAUGCGCCCCGUACUACCAUAGCAUGAAGCUGAGUCACGACUGCUCGGCAGACGCCCUUCUGUGUCGCGGGGUGCCUCAGGAGUGCACGGAAUACAACGCCAUCUACAACAUCUUGCACUACCUGGCAGACGCCGAUUUUCUCGCCCCGUCGUCAUCUCGACCACCUUCGGAGCAGGACGACGACGGUGCUCCCUCUGCUAAUAACAGCAGGGACCUUCCCACUUCUGACUCCUCAUCUGUCCUGGCUUAUACCAGCAUCUUUCUUCCUGUUGCUCAGAGCACAGCAGCGAUGGAUUACUUCAAGGAGCUCGAAGAAGGCCCGCGACUGUACGAUGAUGUUACUGAGGUGGUGGCCAUGGAGCUCGGUCUGAAGCAUGCCCUGUUUGAUGAGUACCUGGUGCACGACACAGUGUACGUGGGAAUGGCCGGGAUUGCUGUGUUCCUGGUCAUGUGGAUGUACACCCAGUCCUUCCUGGUGACACUGGUGACAUGCUUGGCGGUGUUAUUCUCCCUGGGCACGGCCUACUUCCUGUACACCAUUGUCUUCCGUGUGCCCUUCUUCCCGUUCAUGAAUAUCCUCACGCUAACAAUAGCUAUUGGUAUAGGAGCAGACGACGCUUUCAUAUACUGCAAGAUGUGGGGCUGCGCAAAAGCGGAGAAGAAUAAUGGGACGCUGGUGAAGCUUGUACGUGACACACUGCACCACGCGUGCCUGUCGAUGCUGGUCACGAGCGUCACCACUGCAACAGCCUUUUUCGCAAGUUUCACUAGCAGCAUCACGGCUGUGAGAUGUUUCAGCCUCUUUGCUGGCACGGCAGUUCUGGCAAACUUUAUAUUCACGGUGACGUGGCUACCCGCGGCGCUGAUCCUCGCGGAGAAGUGGUGCUCCUCCGCCUGCUGCCUUUGCAUACCGCCCUUUGGGGUGUACAUGCCUCAGAUCCAGCGCUUCUGGUGCUGCUCUCCGUUGUGCAGCGCCCUCUGGCGCAUGCACUACUCAUUCUCGGAUGCUGCCCGCGUCUUCUUUGACAAGAUCCUGCCGUGCAUUGUCAUCCGACCGCGCUGGUUCUGGCUUUCCGCCCUUGCCCUGGUAGCAGCUGGAGGUGCCUUUGCCAUCUUCUGUCAUCCCAGACUAAGCCUCCCGGAAUCUAAAGAGUUCCAGAUCCUAAGUGCCAAUCAUCCCUUCGAACGCUACGACCUCGUCUUCAAGAAAAAGUUCUGGUUCGAGAAAGCACGGAGCCAGGACCCAUUCCACAAGCUCCCCAUACGCAUCGUCUGGGGUGUGCUUCCCAUCGACACUGGAAACUACCUGGACCCUUUCGACCGAGGGACGCUCGUGUUAGACCCCACGUUUGAACCUGCCCUCCCAGAAUCUCAGGAAUGGUUGCUCUCCUUCUGCAAGCGUCUCCGCAACCAGAGCUUCUACCGGCCGACCCACCACGCGGCCCUCUACUCGAGCUGCAUCAUUGAGACGUUCAAGUCCUGGAUGGAACGUCGCUGCGUCGACAGCUUCAAACAGGUCGACCGCUCGCCCUGCUGCGAGUCCUCCCGCUUUCCGUACAGCGAAGCGAUCUUCAACCUCUGCCUCCGCCGCGCAAUCACCAACCUUCACCAUACUCCGGGCUACUACUUUGUACCCGGGGUGGCCGGACCGCGUUUCCUCCGGAGCGGCCAGGUCGGUGCGGUGGUCAUAGAGUACGACAGUGUUUACACUUACUCCAACUCUCACGCCGAGAUGCACAAGUUUCGGACCGAAGUGGAAAACUGGGUGAGUAAGGAGACGAAGGGGGCGCCACCUGGGAUGCGCAACGGGUGGUUCACGAGCGAGCUCGAGUUCUACGACCUGCAGAGCAGCCUGUCGCGCGGAACGCUCGUGGCAAUGGGCGUCGCCGUUAGCGUGUCGUUCGUAGCCCUCCUGAUGACGACACUGAACUUGCUCAUCAGCCUGUACGCUAUCAUCACCAUCGCAUUCAUCAUCUUCACGACGGUUGGUUCCUUGGUGCUGCUUGGUUGGAAGUUGAACGUGUUGGAGAGCAUCACGGUGUCCGUGGCGAUUGGGCUCGCUGUAGAUUUCACAAUCCACUAUGGUGUGGCAUACAGACUGUCGUCACAGGAGGAUCGCGAAUCUUCCGUCAUCCAGUCUCUGUCACGCAUCGGAAGCCCAGUUGCCAUGGCCGCAUUCACCACAUUCCUCGCCGGAGCUCUCAUGUUUCCUUCCGUCGUGCUCGCCUACCUCCAAGUGGGCACGUUUCUCAUGCUCGUCACUGGAGUAUCCUGGACUUACUCCACCUUUUUCUUCCAAUCCCUCCUGAGCCUGGCCGGACCACAGCGGGGCCACCUCCAGCUCGAUUAUCCUUCCUUCCGUUGCUGCGAGACGGCGCCACCGCCCGUGGACAAGACCAUUUACGCCUUGUCUGAAUCCACGCUGUCCACGUCGAGUGCCAGCUGCCCGGCCGCACAGAUCCCGCUGAGCGAGAGCCACGAGCUCGAGCCCCUGACGCUGAGCGCGGCACUCAACGGUGGCGCGCCGAAACGUAUCGCCAGCAAGAAGAAGCCUCGUCAGCGCUCGGGAAGUCUUUCGGCAGCCAUGUCGCGAGCGAGGGAUCCCUGCAGGGUGGGAAACCGGAAGGUCAGCCUUCCGGUGGUCAGCGUCACCUUCCACGGUGAUCCCAGUCCCAGGCACGUGUCGGGGGCGACCAGCUCUUCCACCAUUGUCUGUGGCUGCGAGGAGGACGUGAGGGACACGCCACCCCCCAUGAGGGAUGAUCCUGUCUUAUAGGGCGGGUUUCACUGCAUUCUGCCAAAGAACUGUUCAAGUUGUCGAACACCUACAACCAUUGCAUAAAGCCUGUCACCAUCAUCAGGAUUCGCCACGUAUUAUUGUCACGUGUAGAUAUCUGAAGGACAUGCACUCGCUGCACCAAAUGCCCAUUUCAAGUUUCCUAUAAUUGGAGAAUCAAACUGGAUCUUGUUGCCAGUUCUUGACUCAGAAAUGGAUGUCGUAGAAUAUCAAAUAGCCAUUAUUUGGAACUAGAUUCCAUUUCAAUGCUUUAAAGCGAGGCCUUUUGAAAACUACUUUUCUUUCUAAAUUUUUUUUUUUUUUAAUCAGUUAACAAAAAAUUGCUGGUCAAACACUGAACCUGUCACAGUUACCCACAAUUUUUUGUCCAACACUGCCUAUUUUUACUCCUGUGCACACUUCACCCAGUACUUCUGGUCAAGAGAACAGUAGAGCCUGUCCAUCUUCGUCUUGUUUGAAGUACACAUGGUGUGUUACUGUCCACUGGAAUCCAGCAGAGCAUCACUAUUUAAUUUCUAAACGUGCACGUUAAAAAUAACAUCAUUCGUUGCAAACCACCUUUCUGGCCUAACCAGACAGACAGAAAAGACCACAAAGAGGUUGCUGAAACUGGCAUCGAUGCACCUCGGUGCAUGCCCUAGCUAGCAUUGUGUGCAACAUGUGACUGUUUACUUGUGCCACUCCGGUACAUGCACCCUAGGGUUCAAAAACUGCUAACAGCCACUAGAGUAGAGAGAGCAGUAGUAGGUGCGUAUGUACACCAUUCAUUUUAUCCAUUGUUUGCCAGCUACCGACGGUAGUCUUUCAUACGUAAACAGGUGCCAUAGUUAACGCUUUAUUCAUGACCACAGUACCGUCUGUAACAGGGGUUGUUGCUGUAUUUAUGGUUGUCUGUGAUAUGUUCCACGGAUUGGAGGCUUAGAACUGCCUUUCGGGUACAACCGCUCACUGGACUCAGCUUGGUGCCAUUGAAAAUUUCCAUUGUGGUUCUCGUACCCCACGGGCAGAAUGCACGAGAAGCGACGAAUAAUGUGAACCGUUUUUCAGUUUGCUCAAGUUGCACAGUGUACAGAAAUUAGAAUGUACCAAUGUAGUUGUAGGCUUUGCUACUUGAACAAGUGUUACCUGUUGUCGAAAUAAAGAGCAAAGAUACA